AUGGCUGGUGGCCUGCAGACCGGAACCGUCAAGUCCUGGAAUGAUCAGAGAGGCUUCGGAUUCAUCGUACCGAAUGGCGGAGCCGGCGAUGUCUUCGUUCACAGAACUGCGCUAACAGAUGGCGACAUGCUACGUCCAGGGUCACAGGUCCAGUUCGGCGUGACGUGGAAUGCUCGAAAGGGCAAGAGCCAAGCAUCCACGGUUUCCGGCGCCAUCCCUUUGCAGAAGGCCCGCGGCGGACUUUCUGUUCAGGUGUCCGGCCGAUAG